AUGAUCGAGUACUGCAAAUCGGAUGUGGCUCUGUUGAAAGCGGGGUGUGAAGCCUUUCAACAAGAAUUCGAACGGCAGGCUGGUUUCAAUCCCAUGGCCAAAUGCAUCACCAUCGCCAGUGCCUGCAAUCUGUAUUGGCGCAAGCACCAUUUGACCCCCGACACCAUUGCCGUCGAACCUCUGGGGGGUUGGCGAGGGGCCCAAGUCAACCAAUCCCUCAAGGCCCUGCAAUGGCUCUAUUACCAAGAACACCUCCUUCCCAAGCAGGGGGCCUGUGCCGAACGCAUUCGACACGUCCGUAACGGGGGCGAACAGUCCGUCCGAACCAUCGUGAACAGUUAUUUCGUCGAUGGGUACGAUCCUCUGACCCGCACUGUCUACGAGUUUCAUGGCUGUCUCUACCAUGGCUGUCCCCGCUGCUAUCCCAACCGAUCCGUCAAGCAUUAUGCGGUGCCGGACCGAAGCGUCGAAGAUCUGUAUCAGGCCACGCUCUCUAAACGCAUGGCUCUGCUCCGUGCGGGUUAUACCGUCCUAGAAAUGUGGGAGUGUGAAUGGGAUAAUUUGGUGCUCACCGAUGAAGCCGUCCAACGUUUCCUGAAGUCGUUCGAUCUCCCCCCACCCCUGGAACCUCGCGAGGCCUUUUUUGGGGGUCGCACCGGCGCGGUGGCCCUGCAUGCGGUGGCUGGGGAGGGUGAGGAGAUACGCUAUGUGGAUGUGACCUCCCUGUACCCGUGGGUGAACAAGAACUGCCCUUACCCCAUUGGUCAUCCACGGAGCAUCACCCAACCUGCAGACCAGUCCCUGGAUUCGUAUUUUGGUCUGGCGACCGUGGACAUUCUUUCCCCGGCUGGCCUAUUCCACCCCGUCUUGCCUGUGCACUGUGGCCAAAAACUCACCUUUCCUCUCUGCCGUGCCUGUGUCCAGGCGGAGCAAGCCCAACCCAUGUUGACCAGAACCCACUAUUGCCCUCAUUCGGACGCCGAUCGCAUGCUACGCGGGACCUGGUGCACGCCCGAGCUGGUUAAAGCCGUCGAAAAGGGGUACACCCUCAUCAAGAUCCGCGAAGUCUGGCAUUUUCCCCCCGAGCAACGCCAAACGGGUCUUUUCGCCAAUUACGUCAACACUUCGUUGAAGUUGAAACAAGAAUCUGCGGGGUGGCCCAGCUGGUGUCAGACCCUCGAGCAGAAACGAGACUAUAUUCUUCGCUACCAGGAACGGGAGGGCAUCCGACUGGACAUCGCCAGCAUUGCCAAAAAUCCCGGUCGCAAGGCCACGGCCAAACUGAUGUUGAACAGUUUCUGGGGUAAGUUUGGUGAGCGUAUCAACAGGCCCACCACCGUCACUGUCCAAACCCCCGCCCAAUUGUUCAGACUCAUCUCCGAUGCUGCUCUCGAUAUCAGCACUCUCCGCCUCUGUACCGACGACAUCCUAGAGGCUGUCUACACCAGUGUCCAAGACAAUGCCGUCAAAGGCACCAAGACCAAUAUCUUUGUGGCGGCUUUCACCACCUGUCACGCCCGGUUGAAACUCUACGAAUCCCUGGACAUCCUUCAACAGCAAGUCCUUUACUACGAUACGGACAGUGUGAUCUACCGAUGGCGUCCGGGUCAACCCUCCAUCGCCACGGGCGAUUUUCUGGGGGACAUGACCGACGAAUUAGAUGGGGACGUCAUCACCGAGUUUGUUUCUGGGGGUGCUAAGAAUUAUGGGUACACGACACGACAGGGCAACGUGGUGUGCAAGGUACGCGGUUUCACUUUGAACGUCCGCGGCUCCGCCAUUCUCAAUUUUCACACGAUGAAAGACAAUAUUCUCUCGGAAUUAGACUCGCCUCAGGACUCUCGCCGAAAUUUGAACCUAGUCACCCCCUAUCAUUUUCACAGGGAUCUAGAAAAGAAACAAAUUCAAGUGGUUCCGCGCUUGAAGCAGUAA